AUGCCACGUGAAAAACUUCCUACAGGACAGCUAAGUUGCGGAGUACUGGUGAAGUGGUCCAUUGGCUGUGAGAUUGAAUCGGACGGUUAUCAGGCGAUGUCGUGGAGGAUUGAAGAAGGAAUAAGAACCGUUAGAGGCUUUCGACUUCUCAGUGUUGAGCUCAAUCAUCUAGUCCCAACUUUUUUGAUGUUGUACAUAGCUACGGAUGUGGCUAACGGUUUUGUCAUGGCCGCGACUCUGAAAAAUGUACGUGCCGGGGCUGACCUUCUGGAUGAGUCACUCCCUAUUGAAGACAUUGUCGAUGGUGUUUGUGCGAGAAGUAUUAAAAUUAAUGUCGUCACCGUUCAAACUUUGGAGAUAAUUGGUCAGGCUAAAGUUCGUUCACUUUUAUGUGAGACUGAUGAGAUACCAGGAUUUGAAGAUGAGGUUGCUGAUGUUAGGGUUGGGCACAUGGUCACCUUGAUUCGCCAAGAUUUCCCGUUUGAGAUCAAUACUUGGCGUGGGGGUGUGAAGGCAAGUAAUGGGAAGCACGGUAGGGGGUUAGACGUAGUAGGCGAGGAAGGAACAGAUGAUGGAACAGAGGCGGAGCAGAGGCGUCCAACGUUUUCCAAUAGUGCUGGAGAUAACGGACAAGAUGUUGAUCUAGCAACUCUACUAACGACGGCGGGAGAGUCUUUUAAGCAACUCACAGUUCCAAUCUUUGAAGGUUGCUGUCGAAGUAUGAAAGAGCACUUUGAACGGGAAAUAACAUCGGUGAAAACUGCAUUGACCAUCCAAUUGCACCUCCAGCAUGAAGAAUUUAUGGAAGCAAUGGGGUUCCGUAACCGACCACCAAGUACUCAGGCGGAUCCGAUGAAUUCCGGAUUUGUCCUCCAUAGACAACGGCAACAGACAGCUGAAGAUGCAACAGGUGAUAGGAGUGCAGCAACAACUGGCAUGGGGGGUGGAUUUGAAAGCACCGUGCCUGGAAAUGGUGGAGGUUCGUCACCAUUGGACACCGUUGGUGGUCAAGCAGAAAAUAUUGACGAUGUUAUGGAUAUUGCACGAGAGAUCAAUGUGGAUGACGAGGGUGGGGGUACGUCCUCGGUGGCGAAAGUGGGUGGCACUUCAACAAACAUGGAUGCCGAUGCCGAUGUCGAGGGGCCUAUCCCUGUGGCUGGUGAUAGUGGAGUUACAUCUCCAGUUGGUGGACAGGCUUCAGAUUCAGCAAACCAUGUUUUGGAUACAGUUGUUGCAGAAGAGGCGAGUGAACCUCCUGAAGCACUUUGCAAAGACGUCAAUCCAUUGGUUUCCAGUUCUCCGCAGAAGUCAGUCCAGACACCAACUGAUACAUUGGAUGCUCCGGAAAAGAAAGGGCGGACUGGUGACCAGGUUAAACGUAAGGAAACUAAUGUUGCUAUGGAAGACAAGGUCCAGGGAUCGGAGUCCCUUGCCUCAAUUGCAGCUGAGACACGGGCUAGUAAACGGCAGAGAGGACCUCCGAUAAAGUAUACCCCACCAGGAAAUGUAGUUAAGAAGACCAAAAUUCCUGCUGCUGCUAAGAAGAAACGUACACAACUUGCAAAGAAGACGAAACCAUCUCCGGCGCCCCUGCCGGCGGUGAGUAUACCUUCUGUAGUUCCACCCCAGAACAUAACAGGUAGUUUUAUGACGACGACACAAAUAGGACCGUUGGUUGGUGGGUUUAACCCGUGUGUUCGCGUGAAUGCAUUCCACCUUGCACGGUUUCGGACCCUUCUCCAUACGCCAGAGGAAUAUAAUAUUGGGGAAGGUGUUAUUGUUUCUAAUGCGGAUUUCGUCACCUUCUUUGAAGCAACUCAUCCUCAAACGACGAAGACUGCAGACAUGGCCGUCACGUUUAUUCGGGCACGUCUUCGUCGCUCCGGUAUUACUGCUUAUGAUUUCCUCCCUGCGACGUUCGUUGAGUCCUUGCGUACGGAGUACCACAACUUUUCUCGGGUUAAUGACAUAGGGAAAUUCAGCUUCUCCAACAAAUUUGGAAAGCAAGGUUUGGCAAAUAUGAAGUGGUCUGCCAAUGUAGAUGUCUUAUACUGCCCCUGUCAACUUGGUACGCAUUGGAUAGGUUUAUGCAUCGAUAUAGUCCAUUGGUGCAUCUAUGUGCUAGACUGCAACCCAACUUGUAUUCCUUCUGCAAAAUUGGAAGUCUUACUUCAGCCUAUUAUAGUCCUUAUGCCUCUACUGAUUCGCCUUAAUGGAGAGGAAUCAUGCUCCGCCACUGCUAUGGCAGGACCGCUUCCUCUGCAUCUUAUCGAGCUUCCAUUUUUGUGUGAACCUCCUGGGUUAUCAUGUGUUGCAACGAUGCUAGGAAUGGAACUUCAUGCAUCAGAUAGUCUAAAGGGGGCAGAGAGUAUUACAACUUCCGAUCUUGAAGUUGCAGCUCAGACGUAUGCAUUUGAAGCUUUCUCGACCUUUAUGCCAGAUGUCCUUGCAAACUACACUGUGGACUGA